AUGUCCAGUAGCACCGUAGGUCUCAAGCACCUUGGACCCCCAGUACUUGUUAAAAAGCUGAUGGACAAGCCGAAUCAGAGUUUUCCCGCACCACCGUUUGGCGGACCACCGGUUGGCGCACCACGGUUUGGCGCACCAACGUUUCCCCCACCACCACCAGGAUAUCCUUUUCGUCCACCCAGCCACAUGGAACUCAAGCCUGAGUAUGCUCGAAAACGUUUUCGUGGACUUUCCGAACGUAUGGGCUCGUUUGCUGGGAGCGGAGAGGAAUAG